CGGUUUGUCUUUGCACAGCACCGUUGUGACUUAUUGUAGGAUUGUGCAUUUGUUUAUGUCAGUGAUAUCGAAACAAGCUGAGUGUUCUUUUUAUCAAGCAAGAUGUCUGAGGGUCAUGAUGAGACAAUUGUACAUAUGAUGGCCAUGGGAUUUGAUCUCAAGGACUGCCAGGAUGCAAUCAACUUUGGGAAGACGAGCGUAGAGGCUGCAGUGGAAUGGAUUGUAGCUGGCAAGCCUGGACUGGUUGCAAAUGUUGGUGGCAGUGUUGCAUCUGAGCCUAGAUUAACACUCAGACAGACAAAUUCUGCCUUCAUCAAUGACAGCUCUUUUGCUGCCUUUCAUAAGCCUCACCCUAUCCCAGAAUCCACUGCUGCCACAAGUGACCAAUCAGAUGCUUUCAAAUCCAACCAACGAGAAGAAGCUGAUGUCACCAGCCAAUCAGCUGAAGCGUCUAGCUCUACUGACCAAUCAGAAGAUAGUGGUAUAAUUAGUAGAAUGCACAUGAGUGAUACUCAGAGACAGUACAGACAGAGAUUUGAACAGAAAAAAAUGGAUAAAGCAAAAAAGCAAGUUGUCCAAGAAAAACGGAAACAGAAAGAGGAGCAUUCACGAAUUCUCAAGGAGAUCGCAGAGGACCGAGAAAAGAAGAAAUUGAUCACGCAUGCACCUACUCAUUCAGAUGAAAGUCAAGCCUCCCACAGGUCUGAACAGGGAAAGGGGAGUGUUACCCUAGUUACAUCAACAUCACAGGCAGCCACCAGCAGGGAAUGUCUGCUACAGAUACGUCUUCCAGAUGGUCGCUCGCUACGAACAUCAUUCAACCCAGACGCAACACUACAGGAUGCUUGGACGUUUGCCGCUGUUGACAAAUACCCAAGGAGUACAUUUUCAUUCAUACAACCAUUCCCUCGUCAUGAGUUUAGCAGGGAAGAGAUGACUAAGUCGCUAGCAGAACUGGGGCUGACUCCGACUGGCUCACUGGUCAUACAGAAAACACAAGCACAUACAGAAUCCACUGCCAAUUCGGGUCUCACAGAGCCCAUGGAGAGCACGAGCAGCCCCCAAAACCCUGCCAUAUCCCCUCAUAGGGUUCCUCCCAUGUUUGAUGUGCUCCAGCCUCCCACCCACGUCUCCCCAGCCCCUAGAGGUCAUAACUGGGGCCAAGGAUUUGCAGUGAAUCAAGAACCCACAGUCAAUGAUCUCGAUGAAGAUGAACCAAUGGAGGAGGAAGAGGGACCUCCAAUUCCUGACCCAGCACUUGGACUAGGGGGCCAUCACUUCCCUCAGCCUCCACCGGAUGUCAUGGGUGGCAUGGAACAGAUGCUGGGAAUGAUGGGAGGUGGUGCUGGUUACCAUGGUGCUGGUGGUAACCAGCAGGUGUUUGGAGGGGUAGGACAGAGGCUGGUUCCCGAGGGACAUCCAGGACAUGGGACAGGGUACCAGCAAAGGUCUUCCCGGCAUCUUGCAUUAGAACAUGCCCAGGCCCGUCAGGCCCAUCCCCCACCAGGCCAAGGUCAAGGUCAUGGUGCGGGUCAGCAGCCUGGUACCAGCCUUUCAGGGCACACUCCAGCCACCCAGCAUCAAGUGCCCACCCUUUUACAACUAGCCUUGAAACACGUGGCGGCUCGUUUGAACGACCCUCGGCACCAGAUCCUCAGUCUAGCUGGAAUCCCAGAAGAAAUGGCACAGAUCAUUCUUGGGUUCCUAAUCAAAGAGAAGUUGCUGAAACCUAAGACCUUGAAUGCAUUUAUUCCUUGUUACUUGCUGAAGCUGAUAUUAGACUGCUAUCCUUACACAACGAACGAAGUGCUGCAUUCUAUAAGAUUACACACACAUCUUCGUCAUUUGAGCCUAAGCUCAUGUCCAUUGAUAACUGAUCAAGGAUUGAAUUGUUUAAACUCAUUGAAGAAGUUAAGAAGGCUAAACAUAAGCUGCUGUCCACAGUUAACUAAUAAGUGCCUUAGUAGUUUAUAUAAUAUGCCAGAGCUGACGUUGCUAAAUCUGGAACAGACGGGUAUAACAGACUCUGGGAUUAUUGAAUAUCUAGACAGUAAACCACCCUGCCUGCAGCAUCUCGUGUUGAAUCGUACAUCAGCGACGCAGGCCAUAUUUUCCCAUAUCCACACUGGUGUUCCACAUCUAAAGAUUCUCUCUCUAGAAGGAUCUGAGGUCAGUGAUCUGCAAGGUGUUGAAGGCUGUCGCGACUUGGAGUCAUUGAAUAUUUCCAACACAGCAGUUACAAAUGAGAGCCUGCGAUUCCUUGCUCAGCUUUCAUCAUUGACAUCGUUAAAUGUUGCAAAUACUGAGGAAGUUAAUGGAGAUACUUGCUUAAAAGAACUUCAAGGCCUUAAGCUACUCACCUUGGUGUUGCCGUCAAGACAUACAACCACCAACUCUGGGAUGCAAUAUAUAACAGGAUUCUCCCUUGUCAGUUUAGAUCUUACCAACUACAUAAAUAUAGGGGAUGAAGGCAUGGAGUAUGUUACUAGAGUAAAGAGUUUAAAGAAGCUCAUAUUGAGUAACACUAAAGUGACGGAUAAGGGUAUGCUGUAUCUGGAGAAUCUGAGAAAUCUGGAGAUACUUCAUCUUGACAGAUGUCUCAUCACAGACCAAGGAGCAUCCAUCAUUGGAGAGUUGAAGAACCUGAUGGAGCUAAGCCUGGCCAGCACAGGGAUUACAAGUAAGUUCCUGCUGACUGGUAGAUGUAACAGCUGUGUAAACCUGUCCAAGCUUAACCUUAGCAGAACCAUGGUUACAAAGAGAGGUGUCCUUGCAUUGAGUCUGCCAUUUCUGCAAAUGUUGAACCUGGAUGGUACUAAAGUCACCCCUGAUCUGGGUGUUGUCAUGGUGCAGGGAUGUCCUAAGUUGACCCAGAUGUUGAUGAGAAAUCUGCAGCCAUUCACACGCAACGAUGAGCUUGAAGAAGCUGAAAUGAUGGAGAUGUAAACAAAUGUGAAAAACUUGAGAUGGUAACAGACGUGAAAAACUUGAGAUGUAAACGUGACGUGAAAAACUUGACAUGUAAACAGACGUGAAAAACUUGAUGUGAAUGACUUGAGAUGUAAACAGAUGUGAAAAUCUUGAGAUUGCUUUGUACUGGCAGUUUACCUUUGAAUUAUAAUGUAUGGGGUUUGGUGUUAUUCAGAUAUUAAUAAGAGACCUGAAAUGAUGGAAAUGUAACAGAAGUGAAAAUCUUGAGAUUACUUUGUACAAGUAGUUUGCUGAGAGUGUCAUAGCCUUUUUAGUUGUUCAGAUUAUAACAAGAAGCUGAUGGAGGUAUAAACAGACAUGAACAACUUGAUAUUGCUUUGUACUGGUAGAUUUCAUGUGAUUUUAAAAUGUUUGGCAUUCUGUGUUGAUCGAUUAUAAUAAUGGACCUUUUCACAUUACCAUCACAUUAUUGAUUGAUGGAUCUUAUAUCAUUUUUUGUUGUUUAAAGUGAGGUUUAUAAUUAUAAUCCAGACAGGAUUUUUAAAUCUAUAGAUGUGAAUGUUUAACCUGGCUUAUUGCAUUAGUUUUUUCCUUGGAAACAUUGGGCUUGUAUAUUUGUCUUUUGUUUUGAAAGGAAUGAUGAAUGCAGAUGUUUGGUUAGUAAUUCCUCAGUACAAAAAUAUGAACCAAAAGCAAAGACUAGUGGUUUAUGUUAAUCCCUGCUAGAUACACCUAUAUGUAUCUGCAUUAGCUAUCAAGUUCUCUCCAGACUGUUAAACUGGAUCACAAUUGUAAUGUCUCUUGCAUGUGUCAGAAUUUUUCUCUUGCUUUUAAUGUAGUUUGAGAUAGUACCAGUAUUUGCAUCUUUAUUUUAUAUGGUUCUUUAAUGCGCAAUGUAUUACAUGUAGCUUUGUUGAAAAUUUGUAUUUAAAAGUGCACACCUUUAGUUAUGUGAAUGUAGUUAAAUCAGCAAUGAAAAUGAAGUGUUCAUACAAAUAUGUAUGUAAAUAUUGAAUAUUUUGUGUACUACUACUAGGAGACAAAAUACAAUAAUUGUCGGCAAAAAUAUGUAAAAUGUUUAUAUAACUGAAGACCUUUGGCAUCUACAAUGUUUAAUAUGUUGUUUUUGUUUUCUUGAUGUCAUGACAAUUAUUUGUUAUUAUUGUUUGUAUAUGAUAUUUGAUCAUUUAUUGAAUGGAUCAGUCAAAGUUUUAGUUGAGAGAUAUGAUCAUGUAUUGAAUGGAUCAGUCGAAGUUAUAGUUUAUUCAUUUAUACUAUUGCUUGUGUCAAUGUCCCUUUUGUUGUUAUUUAUCAUGCAAAUCUUUUCAACCUUAUGGAUAACAAGUAUUUAUGCAUGGUCUUUUAGUAUCAGACUUUACACUAUUCUGGUAAUUUAUUUCUUAUAUUAAUACCUAGGGUCAUUGGAAACCUUGUGUGUAUGUAUAUUAUGUUUUUAUUAUUAUUUCUCACCGUACACUAUCUUCAAUCUUGUUUAUUUGCUAUAAUGUUAGUUGUAUCAACCAGAAUAUUACAGAAAUGUUCAGAUUUGAAUGAAUAAACCUCAUUAAAAUGUU